UCUCUCUCUCUAUAUAUAGCAUAUACUAUAUAUAUUCCUAUACACCACAAUAGUUUCUUCAUCAUCUAUAUAUCAAGAAAAAACAACUCUCUAAAUUGUCAAUUGCCUCAUCUCUUUGAACAUCAACAAAACACAAAAACGGGCAUUUUUCUUUGUUAUAGAAUUCGGUUAUUUUCUGUCACAAGGCAUAAAAGUUAAACUUUUUCCGUAAAAAUGAGGUUUAAGAGGGUGGCCGAGGCGUUUGAUGAGGUGGCAAAGGCGAGAUUUUGCGAAAGCAGUGGCAGCGAGCAUUCGCCAAUGGAGAGCGUAACGGAUUUGUACGGUCUUGUAAAUUCUUUUAUUGAAAGAGGUAAUGAAGAAGAGAUUAUUAUUGAUAAUGAUGGGGAGGAAUUAGAAGAAAAUGGAUUAAGUGUUAAUUGUUUUGAUGAUUUAGAGAAUAAGGAUAAGUUGAGGAAAUUGUUAGGUUAUGAAGAAAGUGAUGAUGAUGUGAAGAGAAAUAUUAAAACUGCAGUGGAAAAUGCAUGGGUAGAAAUCGGUGAUAGUACGGCGGAUUUUAAACGGCGAUUGAUGACUCAGUUACGCGAUAGAGGAUUUGAUGCUGGUCUGUGCAAAUCAAAAUGGGAGAGAAAAGGUCAGGUUCCAUCAGGAAAUUACGAGUACGUCGACGUUAACAUGAGCGAAAAUCGCUACAUAAUUGAAGUUAACCUUGCUAGAGAAUUUGAAAUAGCAAGGCCAACAACUUGCUACACUUCAUUGCUAGAGAUUUUCCCUUCAAUAUUUGUAGGAAAAAUGGAAGAAUUGAAGCAAGUGGUGAGAAUUAUGACUAGAGCUAUGAAGAAAUCAAUGAAGAAAAUGGAUAUUCAUGUGCCACCAUGGAGACAAAUUGCUUACAUGCAAGCUAAGUGGUUUGGUUCUUACAAGAGAACAAUUAAUGAAUUGUUAGAUGAUGAUCAAAAGAAGCUUGAUUUUUCUUAUAAGUGUUUGGCUAAAAAGAGAGCAGUGGGGUUUGUCGACAUGCCAACAAUUUCUUUCUACUGCAGAGAAAAUUUUGCUUCUAAUUGCAAUGGCAUAAAGAUGGGAAACUUGGCUGCUGCUUUAAAUGGAUGAUGGUUCAUGGAUGUCCGAGUAACGGUAAUUUUGGCAUGUACUAGUUAUAUUCAAAAUGAUGCAAUAAAGUAAAGCUACUUUUCUCGAAAGAGUAGAGGGGACAGUCUUUGGCCCAGGUAAAAUAAAACCCGGCCUCCAAUUCCACCCCAGUGGACUAUUAAUCUCUCUUCAUGGAGUCUAAGAAAAGAGAGAUAUUAUUGUUCGAUAUAUGUUAUAAGCUAGUCAUUGUUGCGUAGACAGUAAGAUUACUAGAGGUGGAGAUCACAUCACCCUUUGUGGCAAAGGUUUAUCGGAAUUUUCGUCCAUCAAAAUGUCUCGUGUUAUUUAUAAUAAAUUAGAAAGCUAU